UCCAAAGAACAUUGCCAUGAAAAGUCAUUCAUAUCUGGAAUUUGAACAUACCUCAAAUCAGCUCUAUGGAACACCAUUACCAGUUAACAAUUGUUUGAAAUUGCUAACUAUUUAUUUGUAGCUAACAAUAUAAAAGUGCUCCUCUUUCUCCAGAUGAACAGAACCUGCAGAACUUACCAGUGAUUCACAUUAACAGUACCUUGUUUUUAGGAGACCAUCAUCACCAUUGCAAUGUUGACCAUAUCUCUGCUGCUGUGUGCUGUCCUUGCUCUGAGUCAAGCAACAGGAGCUAAGGGGGCAGAGGAGGGCGUAGUGGCAACGGCAGCAGAGAACAGGAACCAAUGCCCCACAGGCUGGUUCCAAUAUGAAUCGCGCUGCUUCAUGUUCGUUGAGACUGCAAGGACAUGGCCCCUAGCAGAGCGUCACUGUGUGUCCCUUGGAGCAAACCUGGCGUCUGUGCACAGCUCUGCGGAGUAUCAAUUUCUACAGGUAGUGGUGGGGUGCAAGGCUGGCGGUUUCUCUCCUACCUGGAUUGGAGGAUAUGAUGCUGUUCAGGACAGGCUAUGGUUUUGGAGUGACGGCUCCAAAUUUGAUUACCAGAACUGGAAUAAAGGAGAGCCCAAUAAUAGAGGCGGCAGAGAGCCAUGUAUGGUGAUGAACUGGGGAGAGUUCCGGAGUGGCGCUUCAGUCUCAGAAUGGACUAUCCCAGCACCAACUGAGACCCCAAAAGAGAACCUUCACGACAAACCCAAACUUGCCCUACCUGCACUCUUAACGGAGAAGAGAUCGACUGGGCGUUCGACUGACUCCAGACUCUAUCUUGGAUCUUCUCUAUUUAAGUCCAACAGCCCCCAGAACUAGAACAAGACCCAGACCCAAACGCUCAUUCGCUACCAGUGUAUGUGAGGCCCUGUUUGAGUCCCUGAGACUGUGACAGAAGCACAGAAAGCUGGGUAACUGUUCUGCAACCACUGGGUCAGAACCAAGGGACCAGGAAAUGGACACAGAGUGUCUGCCUGAGAUAGGACAUUAAAAGGGGAUAGAGGGACAGAGUGAUGGAGGGAAAAUAGAGGAGGGUGAUGACAAAGAAAGGGAGGAAGAGGUAAACUGUGGAGGAGGGAUGGAACAAGAACAUAGCAUUGAGAUUGAAUUAGAAUAAAAAACAAACUCAAAAUCCCAGAAUUCCUUCCCCAAAACUCCCAUGUUUACAAACCCUGCUGCCUGUAGUUCCAAUCCAACUACUUCCUCCUCGAGCCAGACAUUCUUCUGCACGGCCUGUGGCUUCAGCACUGAUUCGGCGCUGAAGCUGCACCGAAAGGCCAUCCAUGGCUUGGUGGGGGCGCUACAUCACUGUGAUGUGUGUGGAGAGAGCUUUAUGAACACUACCAAAUACCUCUACCACCGCAGGCAGCACCGAGACAGAUGGGAAGGGGACUCAGAGGGCUCCACACACCAGUGGAAAAUAAACAAUGCUGUGGUGAGUUGCAGAGAAGAGACCCUACCCCCCUCCACCACUACCCCCACCCUCCCUGACCCCGAGCUGGGUAACUGUUCUGCAACCACUGGGUCAGAACUAAGGUACCAGGAUAUGGACACGGAGUGUCUGCCUGAGAUAGGACAUGAAAAGGGGGUGGAGAGACAGAGUGAUAGAGGGAUAGAUCUGUAAAUAGAGGAGGAUGAUGACAAAGAGAGGGAGGAAGAGGAAGGAAGAGGAAGGGAUGGAACAAAAACAUAGCAUUGAGACUGACUUGGAAUCAGAAACAAACUCCAACUCCAAGAAUUCCUUCACAAACCCUGCUGCCUGUAGUUCCAAUCCAACUGCUUCCUCCUCAAGCUUCUUCUGUGCGGCUGUCAUCAAGGCAAAGGGUGGCUACUUUGAAGAAUCUCAAAUAUAAAAUAUAUUUUGAUUUGUU